AUGGUGAUCAUGGAACGCACUGAGAUUGACACUCGUGCCCCAUUCAAGUCUGUUAAAGAAGCAGUGAUGUUGUUCGGAGAAAAAGUAUUAGUUGGGGAGAUUUAUGCCAACAAGCUCAAAGAGAUCCAAGUUGAAGGGAGUGGACAAACCAGAGGUGGGGCAAUGGCAGCUGAGCUGGAAGAAACAAAGCAAAGUCUUGAGGGAGCUAGAGAAGAAGCUAGCAUGUUGGUUCAGCGCAUCACGUCCCUGAAGAAGGAACUGGAACAAACAAAGAAAGAACUCGAAGACACAAAAGCAAGGGAGAAAAGGUUGCUGCAGAGACGGGAUGAUCCAGAGAUUGAAGACCUCAAGUUCAUUGCAAAUGCAACCAAUGUGGAAAUUAAGACACAAAGUGAUGAAGAGAUUGCAGAGUUCCAAAAGAGAAGAUAUGUGAAAUUCGCUAGUCCUCAUGCACUUGCUCAAGUGAUUCCUAACAAGGGUGAAUUGCUUGGGAGAGCUCCUUCUGUCAAGAAGACUAAGAGGAGGCCACUGAUGCCUUUGAUAGGAUGGCUUUUCUCUAAAAAGAAAGGAAGCCACCAAAUUGACUCUCCCAGACCCUAA